UGCCGUAGAAGCUCCAUUGCCGGCGCUUCCACCUCUUUCUUCUUUUCCUUCAUCGGCAGAUGUUUGUCUCGAUAAGAGUAUAUGUCUUAUGGGAAGAUUAAAAUAUGUCUCUUUGAAGGGGAAAAUAAAUUGUCAAAGUCCUAAAAUGAAAUGCCAUGCCAUAAAUCUCGUGCUUAUUGAUUUCCAUUCAUCUGAGCUAAAGCUUACAGGCGUUAUUCGGUUAUUCUCAUUGCUUGACUGAUGUAUGCCACAAUGGCUGGGGAGUGUCAACAGAGUUUUAUCAGCAAGCUCCAUUUUAGCAUCUCAAAUGGCAUGCCUCAUGCAGAACCACUCCCUAGCUUUAAGGCGGAUGAAAAAGAACUGGUACAUGGCAUCUUACAGAUGCUGCAAGGUUUCUGCAGCCAUCUAUUUUAUUGGGAUGAGGAGGGACAAAAAUUUCUGGUGAAAAGUGGGAUUUUUGUUUGUCAUCUAUCCCAGACUAGUCUCCGUAGCAUUUUAGACAAGUUCUUAUUCUGUGGAACAUGUUUGAAGAAGGUGGAACUCUUUGUUAAGAAGGUAAAAGCUUCUCGUCAAAGAGCUCCUACCCUCGAGGCUUUUGCUAAUUCCGUCCAUUCAUGGCUCAAGAGAGUGCGGGAUCUUGCUUUAAAAGAGGAAAUAAAGUCGACUUCUAUAGAUUGCCAAAUUACAAUUACUCUCCUUCAGCUGACCAAUUCUUUAUCAAGUUUGUGCUCUGGGGCAGAGUAUCUUGCUCAAGUGGUGUAUGGAUCCAUACCGAAUGCUUGCAUUAAUUCUGAACUUGCAGUCCCAGCGAAUAAGAUUGCAGUUAUUAUUCUGGAUUCUCUGUUCAAGAAAUUGAAUGAAGCCUAUCUUGUGCCCGGUGGUGAGGAAAAACCAUAUCAUAUGUUGCUUUCCAUUAUGGUAGAAUGUAUGCUUCCGUAUCUUGAGGUGCUGGACUUAUGGUUGUAUGAAGGAUUUCUUGAUGAUCCUUGUGAGGAGGUAUUCUUUUAUGCCAACAAUGCAGUUACUGUCGAUCAGCCGACAUAUUGGGAGACCAGUUAUCUUUUUCGUCCAAAAUCCAAUAAGACUCUAGCCGACAAGAAUAUAAAAUCUACUAUUCCACGAGUCUGGAGAGAACAAGAAGGGCGAGAAGCUGUUCCAAUGUCUUUUUCUGCGAGAGGGGGUGAUCAAAAUGAAAUUAACUGUCCUAUUUUCCUGAAGGAACUCGCAAGACCCAUUGUAUCUGCUGGAAAAUCUUUGCAGUUGAUUCAGCAUGUUCGUGGCGGUGAACUCGACGUUCCAACAUGGAAAAACUCUGGUGGUCAAUUUAACAGCCAGCAAUAUGAGCAGGACGCUAAGUCAAACACUUCGAAAGCAAAUAUAUGUGAUGAGCGUUUCAAUUAUGCUGGACUAAUGGGAAUUUUAACCUUGCCUGAAGCCUUCUUGGUGUCAUUGACGGGCUUAGUAGGUGAUGGGGAUCACAUUUAUCCAAAACUAACGAUACCCUCCACUGAGAUAACUGAGAUGAUAAUGAAAGGAGUUACAGAAGAUGAACAAACAUCAUUAAAUCAUGAGAAGACAUGGAUUAAAUUUUUGGCUGAUGCAAUAACAGGGAGGAGAAAGAUAGGCUGUGGAAAAGACGAUUCUCUUAAUGUUGGAAUCGUACAAGUUCAUGAUUCAAUAAAAGUUGAACCUAAAUGUAACUCAGACUAUCGAAGCACAGAGUCCAAAGAUAUUGACAUUCUCUACCCUCAUAUUCCGAUCAUGACUGUUUCCCGGCAGUUUAUUGAAAAACACAAAGAUUCCUGGAGUAAUCUAAACAUAUCUCAGUACAUUCGCCUUCCUCCUUUGAAUGACGAAAACUUGCGAAUGGCUAUUUAUACCGAAAAGUUUAACACCACAGAUGCAAACAUUGAUAGCCAAAAUGGAGAUUCUCUUCGUCAUUGUUCUGGAACAGACUAUACUUUUGGUUUUCAACAUAGUGACGUACAACAGCUUCUUGUAGAAAAAGAUAUUAGGAAUUUGGAAUGUUUGUAUUCCUUUCCAACCUUUCUUCCUUCUUUUCAGGAAGAUGUCCCAGUGUCUGAUCUUCUUCCUUUCCAAAAGAACAGCACACUUUCCCGAAGAAUUCUUAGUUGGAUCCAAGACUUAAGUUUGAAUGUCACGCCCCAACCUGAUGUCAUCAUUAAAGAAUGUGUUGUUGUAUAUAUUAAAACACAGAUGGAUCAAAUCGGUAGACAUAUGCUUUUGAAGCUAAUGACUGAUUGGAAACUUAUGGAUGAACUUAAUAUAAUACGUUCAAUCUAUUUGCUUGGAUCAGGUGACCUGCUACAGAGGUUCCUCAUUGUAGUUUUUGGCAAGAUAGAUGAGGGUGAAUCAUGGGAUGAUGAUUUUGAGCUAAAUACAAUUUUGCAGGAAUCUAUCCGAAAUUCUGCUGAUAGUACACUUCUGAGUUCUCCAGAUUCUUUGGUUGUGUCAAUUUCGCAAUCCGAUGCUCUUGAAGAUGACGAAAAUAAAGCUCACAAAAUUGCAAAUCCACGUAGGGGUUUUGGUCAGUUUUUUGGCAUCGAUGCACUCGAUCUCUUAAAAUUUUCAUACAAGGUUUCUUGGCCCCUUGACCUAAUUGUCAAUUCGGAGGCAUUGAAGAAAUAUAACCAGGUCAUGGGUUUUUUAUUAAAGGUCAAACGUGCAAAAUACUUGCUCGAUAAGGUUCGAAGAUGGAUGUGGAAGGGAAGGACUGCAGUACAAAAUCACAAGCAUCACUUGUUAGUGGAACAAAAACUCCUCCAUUUUGUUGAUGCAUUUCAUCAAUAUGUCAUGGACAGAGUAUUUCACAGUGCUUGGAUUGAGCUCUGCACAACUAUGUCAUCUGCAGGCUCUCUUGAUGAAGUUAUAGAAGCUCAUGAGGCCUAUCUUUCGUUGAUCCAACGGCAAUGCUUUGUCGGACCAGAUAAGCUGUGGGCUCUGAUUGCGAGUAGGGUGAAGAGCAUUCUGGGUUUAGUACUAGAUUUUCACUCCAUACAGCAGACACUGCACAGUGUGGGAGCAGCUCCAGCCAUCAGGGCAAGAUGUGAAAUGGAAGUCGACCGGAUCGAAAAGCAGUUUGAUGAUUGCAUGGCCUUUCUUCUUCGAAUCUUAUCUUUUAAGAUCAAUGUAGGGCACUUUCCACACCUGGCUGAUUUGGUCACUAGAAUAAACUACAAUUACUUCUACAUGUCUGAUACUGGAAACCUGCUAAACGUUCCUAGCUUUGAGGGUGCCAAACCUGGGAGGAGUUUGAUCUCUUAACCCUGAGUCAUCAAGGUAUUAUUUUUUUGUAACAAAGUUUUCAUGUCUUGCAAAAAUUCAGGGUUAUGUUGGUAAAUGUUUUUUUUUCUAGUUGUCCUUUUUGUUGUAAUUUUGUUGAUGCAACCCACCUUGAGAUGAAUGUGUAUUUGAAAUUGUGAUUGAAUUAGCUUGAUUUUAAAGCAAAUUGUUGGCUUCUAUUUGUUUGAAGAGCCUUUGGU